CAAGAGAAUAAAGGGAAUCAACGAAAGUGGAGCAGAAAAAGGAGAAGGAGGAAAGGGAAAACAGGAGCGAACCUUUUCUUCAGUCUUCAACCUCAACUCAUCAGUGGACUUGAAGCGAGUAAAGCUGCUCUCAUCACUGGUCGAACCAAAGCAGCCGAAGAAGAAGAACAUCGUCAUCAGAGACAAUUCACAUCUCAGAGAGAAGCAGAGCAUCUCAUCUCGUCUGACCAGGAAGAAGAAGAAGAAGCGGACAUGUCUUCAAGCAAGAAAAGCGGAGGCUCUUCAGGUGCGUCAUCAGGCAGCAAGUCAGGCAGCAGCGGUGCCUCCGGCUCUUCGGGAUCCGCCCACAGUUCAGGCGCUGGCAGCUCGUCCGGUCACUCGUCGGGCGCCUCGGGCUCUUCAGGAGCAAGCGGAAGUUCAUCAGGACACUCUGGCUCCUCGGGAUCGGCGCACUCGGGCAGCUCGGGUGGUGGCUCCUCAUCGCACGGUGGCAGUUCCUCUCAUGGCAGCUCUUCGCAUGGCGGCUCCUCUUCUUCAGCCCACUCUUCCAGCUCUAAAGGAGGCAGCAGCGCCUCUCCGAGUGGAAGUGGAAGCGGCAGCCGCACCCCCUCGGGCAGCCGUCCCGGGUCGUCCUCCUUUAGUGGCACUCGCAAAAGCAAGUCGGGCACUGCCGUCAGUGGCAAGUCUUCGGGCGCCCCUGCUGGGUCAGCUGCUGGAUCGGGCGCCGGUGGCAGUGCUGCCGGCGGAAGUGCUGCUGGCGGUGGACCCAAGUCCGCCUCCCGUGCUUCCGGUUCAGGGGCGCGCACCACCUCCGCUGGACCGAUCGCCGACAGCAUCGACACCCGCUUUGGCUCAAAGGUCUUCGAGCGCUGUCAGGUGCUGACGGACAACGAACUGGACCCGACGGCCAGCGCCAGUGGAUCGCACAGCGGCAGUGCCGCCGCCAACAGCAACUACGUCUCCGGCUCCAGUGCCGUCCGCUCGGGCUCAAAGGCUUCCGGUUCGGCCGCCGGAAGCAGCAACUACGUCUCGGGCAGCUCGGCCGCCGGCUCGGGUUCGCGUGCCUCCGGUUCGGCUGUUCCCAUGAGCGGAGCAGGUGGCAGUCGCCCGGCGUCCGGAUCUGCCGCCUCUGGCUCUCAUCCGUCCGGCUCGCAGGCAGGCAGCGGCAGUCGUCCGGCGAGUGGCUCCAUGGCGUCGGGCGCCUCCGGCUCGCACCCGUCCGGUUCCGGUUCUGGCAUGAGUGGCAGUGGCAGCCACGGAUCCGGGUCCGGGUCGUCGGCUGCCUCUGGAUCAGGCUUCUCUGGAUCGCGCGGCAGCAAGUCGGCGGGCUCGGGCGCCUCGGGCAGCAAAUCGGGCAGUCGCCACAGCGGCAGCAAGACCUCACUCGGCUCAUCGGGUUCCUCCAAAGGUGGCAGCUCCUCGGGUGGGGGCAGCUCCUCAAAAGGCGGCUCCUCGGCGGGCAGCAAGUCGGGAGGUGGGAGCAGCAGUCAUGGCGGAUCCUCCAGCCACGGUGGAUCAUCCUCCAAAGGCAGCUCCAGUGGUGCUAGUGGCUCCAGCGGCGGAAGUGCUUCAAGCGGUGCCAGCGGUUCAAGCGGCUCCAGUGGUUCUCACUCAAAGUGA